UUGCGAGAAAUGAACAGAACACAUUUCCGUAGCGCACCCAGAAGUACCCACGAUGGAAUAUUCACUCCAUUUAAACAUGUGUCUACAAUAACCAGAGCUAGUUGAACAAACCAUUACAAAUACCGAGAGCUUAGGCUGUGACGCGGUUGCCUCGCACAACGGAAUUCCGUCCGGUGCCUAAUGAUAUGUGACCAUUGAAGUAGACGUGCCUACCUUCAAGGGGACAUCAAUCUGAGGCUGGACGACACCGCAGCUGCCUGCGCUUUCUUCACAAACUAGGCUAGCUAAAUGAAAGGAAAGACCGCGCCAUCCCAUGCCGAGGAAUGCACGAAGUGUAGAAAACCAAGACAUUGGCAACAAAACCCACUUUCAUUCAGAAUGACCCGUCAGUGCGGAAAGCAGAUACGCCUCCUCGCUUUCCUGCUUCGCCCGUGGCGCGCUGGUUGCGUCUUGUCGGGUGCGGCGUAUAUAAGCUCUCUACGACGCUCUGCCUCCACAGACGGACCGAAGCGAGCUCAGUAACAGCGACGAGUAGAGGCUGUACCUGUGUGUGUAGACAUGGAUAUAAUCACCAAGGCUGUCCUGUUUCUCGUCACCAUCUCUGGAGUCUACUCCGAAGCGCGUUAUGGCCAGGGUGGAGGCUAUGGUGGCUCCGCUGGAGGCGCCUCCGGGGCUCCUCAGCCGUACAGUUUCGGAUACGACACCACUGACGAGUUUGGCACCCAGUUGUUCCACAAGGAGCAAGGCGACGCCAGCAACACCAAGACCGGCUCAUACGGUUAUCGGGACGCCAACGGACUUUAUCGGACGGUCACGUACGUCGCCGAUGCCAACGGAUUUCGAGCUACCGUAGACACCAAUGAGCCCGGAACAUUGCCAGGAUCGAGCGCUGACGCCGUAUUUAACGCAAAGCCUGUCGCUGCGGGCGCCGGGGCAGCAGGUGCAGGAAAAGUGGUUCCUGGCCGUUACACUGGAUCGAGACCAGCCGCUGGCGGAUUCGGAGGCGCCGGAGGAGCCGGAGGACCUUGGGCUGGAUGAAUACUCAGCGCUAAAUACAAGCGCUUGCUCGAGUACAGCGCAGUGGCAGCGCUUGCUUAGCACCGUGUGUACAAAGGAAUGCAAAG